AUGGCCCAUUUAGUCAACAAUGCAAUUGAAUCGCUAUUCCCCGGCGAUUGCUUCGAGGAGUUGCUUAUCAAGUUCAAUUUUCUUCAUCCGACUUGUCCAAAAGCAGUAUUAAGUCGCGGUCUUGGAUAUGCCAUCACUUUGGGUUCAAUUCUUCUUUUCGUUCCUCAAAUUUUGAAAAUCCAAAAAGCUCGAAGCGCCGAGGGUAUUUCUCUACUGUCCCAAUUACUUGCACUUAUCGGAGCUCUCGGCACCGGAGCCUACAGUUACCGGAGCGGCUUCGUGUUCAGCCAAUGGGGUGACGCCUUUUUCGUCUCCAUCCAGCUUGUCAUCAUUCUCAUUCAAAUCUUUCUGUUUUCCGGAGCUUAUCUCACAGCAGGAUCAUUCCUCGCCAUUGUUGGAGCUAUUGUGUAUGGAGUCGUCAGCAAAUUAAUUCCAAUGAGCGCUUUGAUAGCCCUCCAGGGAGCCACUAUCCCAAUCGUUAUUGUGUCGAAGACGCUCCAAUGCUGGCAAAACUAUAAUGCUCAAUCUACUGGCCAAUUGUCUUUGAUUUCCGUUUUCCUCCAAUUCGCCGGUACCGUUGCCCGUGUGUUCACCUCAGUUCAAGAUACCGGCGAUCAGCUUCUCAUCGUUUCUUUCGCAUCAGCUGCGAUUCUCAACGGUCUUAUCUUUGCCCAAUUCUUCAUUUACUGGAACAAUUCCGACGAAACUCUCAAAAAGAAGAGAAACUAA